AUGCGGAAGAACACGUUAGAUAUGGUCAGUGUCGGGAUCGUGUGUCUCGUGGGGAUCUACACAGGCACGAAGUUCUUUGAGCCCAUCGUGAUCGAUAGAUUGCGCAAGGACGGGAACCUGAGAUCGGACGUUCCCAUCCCGGACUAUGAUAGGGAUGGGAACUUGGUGAUGCCCCCACCGCCUACACCGCCUGCACAAUCGCCACCACCGGAACAAUGA